UCCCAACCUGUGUAAUACGAGUAGAUUAUUUAUCAUAGAAGAUAGACAAACACACAUCGCACCGCAUUGUUAUCGAGUGGGACUUUGCUCUAUCCAGUUCUGUACAAAAAAACAUUCUUACAGCUGAUCGUAGAGAUUAUAUACGGUUCUUUAUAGAACAUAAAGAGACAAACAUUUUCACUGAACUGGAGAUUUAUUACGAUCAGUUCGGCGUAAUUCGAAUAAUCGUUUAUUGAUAGCGUUAUCAAUCAGUUAUAAGAGAUUUAAACAAGGACUGUAAGACAACGUUUCGACGUAUCGGGGACCACAAGUGUUUAGUGUAAGAUAAAAUGUUCACAAAUAACGGGCAAGUACUACAAAACGAAAUACCGAAAAUUUAUCUAUCGGAUGAGGAUCCGAAGUAUGAAAUACCUGGAAGUGUUAUGGAUGGGAUUAUUUUAGAUGUGAAUGAACCUCAAUAUAAAGUGUCCAAGACCAGAUGGCUGAUGCUAGGGUUUUUCGUAAUGUACUCGGCGUCGAAUGCGCUGCAAUGGACUCAGUACACGAUUAUUUCUGAUAUAGUUGUGAACUACUAUGGCGUGACCAGUAAAGUUGUGUCUUGGACUUCAAUGGUGUAUAUGAUUGCGUAUGUGCCUUUGAUAUUUCCGGCGAGCUGGCUCUUGGAUAAAACGGGUCUCCGUGUGACAACGAUUAUCGGUUCGCUGGGAACAUGUGCAGGUGCCUGGAUGAAGGUGUUCUCUGUGCCACAAGAUAUGUUCUGGGUUGGUUUCACAGGCCAGACGAUAGUGGCCAUAUCACAGGUGUUCAUUUUGAAUGUACCACCUCGACUAGCUGCAGUUUGGUUUGGAGCUGACCAGGUUUCAUCUGCCUGCAGUAUAGGAGUUUUUGGAAAUCAGCUCGGUAUCGCCCUGGGUUUUCUGCUACCACCCAUCAUAGUCCGCGCACAAGGUACAGUUGAGGAGAUUGGCGAAGACUUCAAAUUCAUGUUCUAUCUUGUUGCUGCUAUCACCACAGUUCUCUCGGUGCUUAUUGUACUAUUUUUCAAAGCGGCCCCAGCAUCACCACCUUCAGCAGCAGCUGAUCUUGGAGCGGCUCUUGACUCCAACUUCCUGCAGUCACUAAAGAAAUUGAUGACCAACCGAAACUAUAUAUUGUUGCUCAUCUCCUACGGCCUCAAUAUCGGAGUCUUCUACGCUAUUUCCACUCUGCUUAAUGAGUUGGUUUUGAGAUACUAUCCGGGUGCCAAUGCGGAUGCGGGAAGAAUAGGUCUAGUGAUAGUCGUGGCUGGUAUGGUGGGUUCGGUGGUAUGUGGCUACAUACUUGACAAGACCCAUCGCUUCAAGGAGACGACACUAGCUGUAUACGCUGCUUCUGUCGUGGGAAUGAUAAUCUUCACAUUUACGCUGGACUGUGGAAAAAUCGGUGUAGUUUAUUUCAGUAGUAUUAUUCUUGGUUUCUUCAUGACGGGCUACCUACCUGUUGGAUUCGAGUUUGCAUCGGAAGUGACAUAUCCUGAACCGGAAGGAACAACGUCGGGAAUUUUGAAUGCUUGUGUGCAGGUGUUUGGCAUUAUACUAACACUUCUCUUUGAGUGGAUGCUGGCUGAAGUUGGCGACCGUUGGGCUAACUUGACUUUGUGCGUUAUUUUGGCAGUUGGAACAGUGAUCACCGCGUGUAUUCGAUCUGACUUGAGACGUCAAGCCGCGCAAAAUAAGGCUUAAGCUGUCAGUAUUAUAAUUUUACAAGCUUGAACGUAUUUGUAUUUGAUUAUGUAUACUAGAAAAGAUUGAAGGUUUUUGAAAGUUACUCGCGCGUGAAAUUCGUAUAAAAUGUUGAUACAGAUGAAAAACUUGAGCGUGAUAAAGUAAUUGUUGUGUAUAUUUAAAAUUCGAUUUUUAAAAUUUCUAAAUUAGAUUGCAAAAGGUUUAAAUAAUUAAUAUGCAGCUGUUUA